AUUUCGCACAAGGAUGUCCACAACUCGUCGGGCCUUCUCAAUUCAUGCGGCUGCUGCAAAGAUGGCUAGGAUCUAGACAGAAACCCCUGUUUGUGGACUAGGAUCUGAGAUGGCCAUCCGUACGUCUGCUACCGGAAUCUUCGAAGGAAUCGCGUCAGCGGACUUGCAUCUUCAAUGCUUGGCGACGCGGAGGGAGAAAAAGUACUUGGCAUUAAUAUGUGGAAAUUGCUUGACACUGCCUUGCGAGAGAGACAGUAAGUCCUCCAAUGGUCUUCUCAUACAUGGGCAACUACUCGAGCGAGACCGUUGUAGUACGGAGGAGGACGCUCCUGCAACGAAGGAGUAUGGAGUAUAUAAAAGGGCUGGUGAUACGGGCAUUACUAUUUACUUCAGUCAAAGACUCAAGUCUCAUUCACGGUACAACAUAUCCUCCCCGAGACGUCUUCAGAACUUCCUAUCAGCAACAAAUUCAAGAUGCUUUCCCCAACCAAGCUCGUUGCUCUUGUGGCUCUGCUUCCUUCAGUCCUCGCAUGCAACGCCUACACCGGUGGUCUUCCAACACCCACUUCGACAAAGUCGAACAGCGCUGUCAUUACUGUCGCAGCCGGCGCCACUUUUGACUGCGGAUGGGCCAAAUACGACAGAGGCUCAGGAGCCUGCAACGGUCAAACUGAAGGCGGUGAUGCUGACGCCGUCUUCCUCCUGAAGAAAGGCGCGACGCUCAAGAACUGCAUCAUUGGCGCAAACCAAGCAGAAGGCGUGCACUGCAGUGGAGCUUGUACUCUCGAGCUCGUAUGGUUUGAAGACGUGUGCGAGGACGCCAUCUCGAUUAAAAACGAUGUUGCGGGCGAUGAGUCCUGGAUCAUCGGCGGUGGAGCAUACCACGCAUCGGACAAAGUUGUUCAGCACAACGGAUGUGGAACCGUGAACAUCAUCAACUUCUACGUCAACGACUACGGCAAAUUGUACCGUUCGUGCGGAAACUGCUCCUCGCAAUGCAAGCGUAACGUCUAUAUUGAAGGCGUUGUAGCUGUCGACGGCGGCGCACUGGCUGGUAUCAACAGCAACUACGGAGAUACUGCUACUAUCAAGGACUCGUGCUACGAUACCAGCGUGCCGUGCCAGAUGUACACUGGCUGCACGAACGGUUGCGAGCCGGCAAAGGCUGGGACUUGCUCUGGUUAGAAGAGAUGACAAUAGUCAAGAAAGGUGGAAUAAGGAUGAAGUGAUCGGUAUCCUGGAUAGUCUGUCAUUUCCGUUUUCGAUAAUGGUUGGAUGCCGCGAAGUAGUUUUGGCA